GCAAAAAAUUCAGUUCUUGUAAAAUCAACUUCCAUGGUGGUACCCCAUGCUAGUUUUUUCUCUUCUAAUAUCCUAACCCCACUUCAUUUCUAUCCUUUGUCUUAUUAUACUCUCUCUCUCCAAUCAGGUUUAUGAUCUCCCCUAACUUCCAUGCAACUUCUUUGUCUUAAAUCUUGCACUUAUCGACCAAAACUAUGGGAGGAGGACCCGUCUUGAAAUUUAACUAGGGUUUUGUCCCUUGCAUGAAUUGAGCUAUAACUUUAGGGUUUUCGAUUAAAGUCAUCUAUAUAUAUAGCAAUGGAUAAAGAAGAUAGCUACACAGUAUCUUUACCUUUAAACUUAUCCUCAUUUCUGCUUGCAACUUUUACUGGUCUUGACUAUUCUCUAGACCACCAUCACCAUCAAGAACAAGAACAUGAACUCAUUAAAUCGCGAAUCGGAGAAUCUUCCGGUGAUAACACCAAUGGAAUGAUUGAUUAUAUGCUUAGGAAUCCUCAUAAUCAUCAUCAUCAGCAACAAAUAUCAGCUGGGUUUUGCAGUUCAACUUCUUUAGAUAAAUUGAGUUUUGCAGAUGUUAUGCAAUUUGCAGAUUUCGGGCCUAAGUUGGCUUUAAAUCAAACAAAAAUAUCUGAAGAAGAAGAAACUGGUAUUGAUCCAGUUUAUUUCUUGAAGUUUCCAGUACUGAAUGAUAAGAGAGAGGACCAGUCUCUAAUGGUUCCUCAGCUAAAUGGAGAAAAUGAAGAGAGAUUCAAAGGGGUAGUGAAUGGUGCAGAAAAUAGGAUAGGAGAAGAAAGGAUUAUUAGAGAAGAAGAAGAAGCUAGGGUUUCGGAUAAUACCUCGGUGCAACUUCAGUUUGUUGGAGAUCAAGAUCUUCAAAACAAGAAUGCUAUAACAGAAGUAAAGAAUAAGAGAAAAAGACCAAGAACUAUCAAGACUAGCGAGGAAGUGGAAAGUCAAAGAAUGACUCAUAUUGCAGUAGAAAGAAAUAGAAGGAAGCAAAUGAAUGAGCAUCUUAGAGUCUUGAGGUCUCUUAUGCCAGGGUCUUAUGUUCAAAGGGGAGACCAAGCAUCUAUUAUUGGUGGAGCUAUUGAGUUUGUUAGGGAAUUAGAGCAACUCCUUCAAUGUCUAGAAUCUCAAAAAAGGCGAAGACUUUAUGGAGAAGCUUCAAGACAGAUGGGAGAUAAUUCAUCUUCAGCAAUUCAACAACCUCAAUCGCCAUUCUUUCCUCCUAAUUUGCCUAUUUCAAACGAUCAAAUGAAACUUAUGGAAUUCGAAACCGGGCUCCAUGAGGAAACUGCAGAGAACAAGUCUUGCCUGGCUGACGUUGAAGUAAAGCUUUUAGGAUUUGAUGCUAUGAUCAAGAUCCUCUCUAGAAGAAGGCCAGGUCAACUCAUUAAAACUAUUGCAGCUCUAGAAGAUCUACAGCUUAAUAUCUUGCAUACCAACAUUACCACCAUUGAACAAACUGUUCUUUAUUCAUUCAAUGUCAAGAUAGCAAGUGAAUCUGGGUUCACAGCAGAAGAUAUAGCAAGCUCAGUUCAACAAAUAUUCAGUUUCAUUCAUGCAAAUAGCAGCAUGUGACUGAUGUAAUCUAAUAUGGACAUGUAUCUUUCAUACAUAGAUCCCUUUUAGUAAUUUUUGUUUAUUGUUUUCCUAUUCAACUCCUAAUUGUUGUUGUAGGAACAAAAUACUUGCUUAGUAGAAAUAAGUUCUUGAAUCCUGGCAAGUUCA